AUGGAUAGAAUCUACUUUACUAUUAACGGAAGGAAAUAUACUGGGCCCGAGGUAUCAGUGGAUACAACGCUGAACGAGUACAUCAGGCGGCGCGCGGACCUGCGCGGUACCAAGUACAUGUGCUUGGAGGGCGGUUGUGGCGCCUGCGUGGUCAAUGCGCGUGCGCACCGCCCAGGCACCGGCGAGAUCAUCACUUUCUCUGUUAACUCCUGCCUAGUUGCAGUAUUAUCAUGUGAAGGUUGGGACAUCACCACUAUAGAAGGCAUAGGAAGCAGAGAGAAAGGUUACAACGUCAUCCAGAAAAGACUUAACAAUUAUUUCGGCUCUCAGUGUGGAUAUUGCAGUCCUGGUUUCGUUAUGAGUAUGUAUAGCUUAAUACAAAGUUCAGAACAUCAUUUAUCAGAAGAAGAGAUCGAAAAAUCAUUCGGUAGCAACCUAUGCAGAUGUACAGGCUACAGACCCAUUCUAGAGGCCUUCAAGUCAUUUGCAGUGGACCCCGACCCGAAAAUAUUAAAAAAGAUUAAAGAUAUUGAAGACAUUGAUAAUUUACUCUGUCCAAAGUCAGGGAAAAAGUGCGGUGGGACCUGCGAACACGACGAACAAGAAUGGUGUUUAAUAAAUGCAAAAGGUACGACGAGCAAUGAUGAUUCGGUGACCAAGAAGAUAUUGAUUUCUGAUGAUAAAGUCUGGUUUAGAGUUGACAAUAUUAAAGCAAUAUUUGAGGCGCUGGAUAACGUUCAAGGGUAUGAUAACUACAUGUUGGUUGCGGGGAAUACUUCUAGAGGAGCUUACCCUAUAAAAUUUUACCCCAAAGUUCUGAUCGAUAUAAGCGGUGUGGCCGAAUUACGGACGCACUUUCUGGACAUGAACUUAGUUCUUGGGGCAAACAUAACUCUAACCGAUACUUUAAACUUAUUCAACGAAUUAAGCAAGACUAAUGAUGAUUUCUGGUACUUGGAAGUUUUGAAGAAACAUUUGGAAGUGGUUGCCCAUAUACCUGUGAGAAACAUUGGUACUUUAGCCGGGAAUCUUAUAUUGAAACAUGAGCAUCCAGAUUUUCAGUCGGAUAUUUUCCUGCUGUUUUCGUGUGUUGGAGCCAUUAUAACACUAGUGGACCGUAGUAUGCAGCAGACAGAAAUGUCUCUUCCUGAAUUUCUGACUACAAAUAUAGUAGGCAAGGUCAUGACAACGAUUAAAUUGCCGCCCUUGUCCAGAAAUUAUAAGAUCGUUACAUACAAGAUUAGACCAAAAGCCCAAAACGCGCAUGCUGAUGUCAACGGCGCGUUCCUGUUUAAGUUCGACCCCAAAACCCACAAAAUUGCCACCGCUUCCAUCGUCUACGGGGGUAUAAACCCUUCGUUUACCCACGCGUAUAAUACAGAGAAGUUUUUGAUCGGACGGGAUCUAUUCACGAAUGAGACAUUGCAAGGGGCGCUGCAUUGUUUGGAGAAUGAGGUGGAUCCGGACUUUAAUCCACCGGAACCAAGUCCGCAUUAUAGGAAGAAAGUGGCUUUAGCUUUAUUUUAUAAGUGCGUCAUUAAGCUGUGUCCACGUGAAAUCCUAAACCCGAUAUACGCAUCAGGGGCAACCCUCUCCUUUGACGAUAGACCACCUGUGAGCCGGAGCUAUCAGGAGUACGACACAAACAAAGCUGACUACCCUAUUACCCAACCGCUUUUGAAAAAGGAGGGGCUCAUCCAAUGCGCUGGGGAAGCCAAGUAUAAUGAUGAUAUUCCGACUAUACCUGAAGAAGUGUUUGCUUCGUUUGUUAUGGCUACGAUUGCGCGAGGGGAAAUAGAGUCUGUUGACUACACUGAUGUCCUCAAAAUUGAAGGCGUGAUUGCUGUCUUCACCUCCAAAGACAUACCAGGAAUAAAUACGCUCGGACGCGGAGACCAAUCAAUUUUCCCAGAGGACGAAGAGCUCUUGGCAAGCCACAAAAUAUUCUAUUACAACCAGCCUGUGGCUGUAGUCGUUGCUGAGACGCAGGUCUUGGCAGACAAAGUGGCAUGUCUCGUAAAGGUGAACUACAAGAACAUAUCCAAAAAACCGAUUAUCUUCACAAUACAAGACGCCAUUAACGCGCCUCCUCUCGAAAACAGACUGAAUGUAUACCGUGGCAUAGAGCCUAAAGAUCGAGGAGUAAACGUUGAAAGAGUAAUCAAAGGACAAUUCUAUUCUCCGCGCCAGUACCACCACAUGAUGGAGCUCCAUACGACAGUCACCAGGCCUGUGGAUAAUGGUUACGAAGUGGACUGUUCGUCGCAGUGGCUUGGAAUCACUCAGUCGGGGAUCGCAUUGGUUUUGGAUAUACCUUAUAAUGCGUAAGUAAUUGAUGCUUCAUAAAAUCUGAACAUUCUGAACAGAUUUC